AUGCCGCAUAUGAACACACGAGGAAUGAAAGAGAAAGACUUAAAAGAAGGAGAGAGGAGGAUGAAGAGAGAGAGAGAGAGAGAGAUACAAGAAGUUGUACGUCAAAAUAGACAUGAUAACAGAGUAAGACAGGCAAGGUUGAAAAGACCAAUGCAGCAAGAUGCAUACCAACUCAUGAGCGAAGAAAUCCUCAGAGAAUUAGUAGAAAUGAGAGAAAUGAUGACACUGCGAAGAGAUGGAGGUAGGCGACAAUUGGAUGAAGCAAUAGAAGAAGCGGGGAAAACACCAUUCGCAAGACAGAUACAACUUGCAGCAGUACCAGCUAAAUGCAUCUUGCCUGUAUUUACUAACAUUUUUGAUGGAAGCACAUGUGAAAUACAUCAUAUAAGAGCGUAUAGUCUAUCUUUGUUACAGUGGGAAGAAAACGACGCGGUGUUAUGUAAAUAUUUCCCGGCAAGCCUAACAGGAGAAGCUUUGCAAUGGUUUGAAGGACUGCCAGUGGGAAGAAUAAGGUCAUUUCAUCACUUACAAAAUCUCUUCCUAGGACAAUACAUUAGAAAUAACAUGCUAAGGCUAGGGAUAGAGAAGGUGUUCAGCUUGCGCAGAAGAACAAAUGAGAUCUUGCGAAGUUUAACCACGCGUUGGAGAAGCAUGUUUAGUGAAAUGGCCGGAAGAGUAGAUGAGAGAAACCUUAUAUUAGCCUUCAUUAAUGCACUUUUCGCUACCGAUCUGUUGUAUACGCAAAUAUUCAGAGUAAAGGAUGCAAUCACUAUGGCAGAGCUACGCAAGUAUCAGGAAGAGUACAUCGCUCUUGAAGAAAAGAAGAGAGAGAUGGAAUCAUCACAGGCAAACCAAGGAAAGAUGUUAAUGGAAGAAGAGCAAAAUCUGGUAGCUAUAGGAACUGCAGAUCAAGAAGAGCUUGAAAGACAAUACAUAGAAAAGCAGUUCAAUAAUCGUGGAGGAAACAAUAAGAUUCAAAGGCUUGAUAAUCAACCAGAAGGCUAUGGAGGGCAGAAGCAAUAUUAUAACCAAGGUCCAGGAGGUAAUAAAGUGGUUUGGGAGCAGAUAAAGAUGUCUCACCUAAACACCGCGAUAGACAAAAUAUGGGAGGCGGUAAUUUUAAUGGAAGAUAUCCCAGAGCCACCAAAUGUGGGAAAUGAGCCACCACCAUGGAGGAGAAGUAACGAAUUUUGUGCUUAUCAUCGCUUCCAUGGCCACACCACCAGUAAUUACAGAAAUGUGAAGAAAAUUAUACUCAGAAUGAUUGACCAGGGGAAGCUAAACCAUUUUCUAGUACAAACACAACAAAAUCUAUCACCACCACCAAAAGGGCAUGCAAAAGAUGGGAAAACAGGAAGGCACACCUAUUUGAUUGAAGUGGGUGCGAAGGCAAAGAAUUUAUAUUGCAAUUCGAUAAUACAUUCUUUCAGAAACAUAGAAGAUUUUCGCGAUAAUGUACUAAGCCGAGUUUAUGCAAGAGACAGUGAUAGAAGAGAGAUUCUCAACCUGGCUAAGGUAUCACCAUUAACAGAUUGGCAGAAGCAGCCUAUUUCUUUUACCGCAGAAGAAGUACCAGAAGGUGGAGAACAACACGAGAGCCCAUUGGUGGUUAAACUAGAAAUAAACCCAAAAGAAAACGCUGAUAAAGAUGAGGAGGAUGACGCAGAGGCUUGGGAUAUAAAUAGAAUGCUCAUUGAUCCUGGUAGUUCGGUGGAUAUAUUAUUUUAUCAUACCUACAAGACUAUGGGUGGAAGAGACGAGAAUCUCAUACCGUCAACCUACAAGAUUUACGGUUUUAAUGGUACAACCAACAAACCAAAGAACGAAAUAACGAUGUGA